AAUUCUAUUCAUUCUUCGUUACGACAAGAUACAUACACAUUUUUUCAGCUUUCUCAACUUCACGGACACAGAGAGAAGAGAGAGAGAGAGAGAGAGAGAGAGAGAGAGAGAGCGCGCGAGAGAGAGAGAGGGGGAGGGAGCAGGGGAGAGAGAGAGGGAGAGGGAGAGGGAGAGGGAGAGAGAGAGAGAGAGAGAGAGAGAGAGAGAGAGAGAGAGAGAGAUGGCGAGUGGUAUAUUAGAAGUGACAUUGGUCGAAGCUGAAGAACUAAAUGAGAAAAACCUGUGGUGCUGUUUUUGUUGUUUCAAACCAUGCGUUAAUCACACAACGCCAUACGUUGAACUCGAAUACGGAGGCCAAAAGCAUCGCAGCUGUCUCGCUCAAGAAGAAAAUAAGAAGCAAGUAUGGGACGAGAAAUUCAAGUUCAAAGUGGAUUACGAAGGCGAAGAAGAUAACACCAACACCAAGCUUAUACUCCGAAUUAUGGACAAGAACCGAAUUUCAUCCGAUAAACUCAUAGGUGAAACGACGAUAUAUGUGAAGGAUAUAUUGCUAUGUGGAAUGGAUGAGGAAAAUGUGAAGGGAAUUGUUGACGUGGAGACUCAGAAACACAGAGUUGUCCGGCGGGAUAAGAGCUACUCCGGCGAGAUUUCGGUGGCCUUGACUUUUACAAAGGCCAUGAGCGAGAAGAAAACCCACAUGGCAUUGGCCCAAUUGCUAGCACGAUCUCCUCUUUAUCAAAACCAUGCCUUCUCGAAAGAAGUACUGCAGGAGUGAUAAUGACAAUUUGUUCAGGUUUAGAACAUUGUUUGGGCUAGGUGAAGGUCAGCCUUAUUGGGCCACUAUUGAGUUUGGGCAUUUCACUUUUUUGUUUUGUUAAGUUUCGAAAUUCGAGAGCUUUUGGAUUUUCUUCUAUUUUGCUCGAGAAAAUUUAUGUACUGUUGUAUGAAAAAUGUUAUAAAAUGGUACAAAUUGCAAGACUA